AUGUGCCUUGAACGUACUUUGAACCUAGAAACCAAGUUCAGUGUGUUUGGACACGAGGUGAUGACAUAUUUUUACCCUACGGGUAGCAUUAACUCCCAUUUUCAUAGAGACUAUUCAACUCCUUAUAUGCAGAGUGACCAGGAAGGGGAAAAUGUGAAAAUGAUGCAAGAAGAUCUCCAGUCCCCUCCUUCCUCCCGGCCAUUACUGAUGGCCCAGGCCCGCAGCAAGGUCGCCCUCCCUGAUGGCGUAGAGGGCCUGCGUGGGCUCCGUUUUGGCGAGGUGGCCGGCUCAUGGAAAUGCAGCAGGCCGGUCGGUCCCGACUCCGCUGCUGCCGCGCCGCUGGGUGGGAGCCCGGGAACGCCUCUCGCGGUACCAGCGCGCCCGCAGAGACCGCGCUGGCUGGCCCGAGGCCGGGCGCUGUCAGUGCUGAUCCGCCCGGUGGCGCGGCCCGGGCAGCUGCAGGCUCCGGAGCGAGAGAAGCCGCCCCCACGUGGCGGGCUUCACGCGGGGUGCGGCUCCGGCACCGCCCACACCCGAGGCUGCGCUUGCCCCUGGUGCUGCGGGCUCGGCGAGACGCGGGCGGUGAGCGGCGCCCGCUGGCACCGCAGUGUCUGGGAGCCCCUCUGCGGGCUGCUCGGCGGCGGGAUCCUGCGCUGCGGGAUGGCAGCGGGCGCGCGCGCGUGGGGCCGGGCACUGCCGCGCGUUCAGCUGCUGCUGCUGCUGAGGGUGCUGCCCGCCUGGAGCGCUGCCGCUUGGGACCCCGGGGCCGGAGCUCGGCUCAGCCUGGAUCCGCCCUACUUCAACCUGGCGGAGGCGGCGAGGAUUUGGGCCACGGCCACCUGCGGGGAGCGCGGGCCCGGGGACGGCGGGCGGCCCCAGCCCGAGCUCUACUGCAAGUUGGUGGGGGGCCCUCCCGCCUCAGGCAGCGGCCACACCAUCCAGGGCCAGUUCUGCGACUUCUGCAAUUCGGAGGACCCCAGGAAGGCACACCCGGCCACCAAUGCGAUCGACGGGUCCGAGCGCUGGUGGCAGAGCCCCCCUCUCUCCUCAGGCACACAGUACAACAGAGUCAACCUCACCCUGGACCUGGGCCAGCUCUUCCAGGUGGCCUAUGUUUUAAUCAAAUUUGCAAAUUCUCCUCGCCCUGAUCUCUGGGUCUUGGAAAGAUCUGUAGACUUUGGAAGCACAUACUCACCUUGGCAGUAUUUUGCUCAUUCUAAAACAGACUGUCUGGAACAAUUUGGAAAGGAGGCCAAUACAGCUGUCGCCCGGGAUGACGAUGUACUCUGUACUACUGAAUAUUCCCAGAUCGUGCCUCUGGAAAACGGUGAGGUCGUGGUCUCCCUGAUAAAUGGUCGUCCAGGUGCAAAAAAUUUUACGUUCUCUCCCACGCUGCGGGAGUUUACCCAGGCCACAAACAUCCGCCUGCGUUUCCUCCGCACCAACACCCUCCUGGGUCACCUCAUCUCCAAAGCCCAGCGGGAUCCGACCGUCACGCGGCGGUAUUACUACAGCAUAAAGGAUAUCAGCAUUGGUGGACGGUGUGUUUGCAAUGGCCAUGCUGAAGUAUGCCGUGUAAAUAAUCCUGAACAACUGUUCCGGUGCGAAUGCCGGCACCACACCUGUGGAGAGACGUGUGACCGCUGCUGCGUGGGGUACAAUCAGAGGCGCUGGCGGCCGGCUGCCUGGGGACAGAACAAUGAGUGUGAAGCCUGCAACUGCCACGGCCAUGCCAUCGACUGCUACUAUGAUCCUGGUGUGGAGCAGCGCCAAGCGAGCUUGAAUACUCAAGGCGUCUACGCCGGUGGGGGCGUCUGCAUUAGCUGUCAGCACAACACAGCUGGUGUCAACUGUGAAAAGUGUGCAAAGGGUUAUUACCGCCCUUUUGGGGUUCCAAUUGAAGCCCCCCAUGGCUGCAUCCCUUGUAGCUGUGACCCUGAGCGUGCAGAUGGCUGUGACCAGGGCUCAGGUCGCUGUCACUGCAAGCCGAAUUUCCACGGAGACCACUGUGAGAAGUGUGCAGAUGGAUACUAUCAUUUUCCACUUUGCUCAAGAAUUCCCAGUUCCCCUACUUCUAUUUCAAGUCCAGAAGAUCCGGUAGCUGGGGAUAUAAAAGGGUGUGACUGUGACUUGGAAGGUGUUCUCCCCGAAAUCUGUGAUGCCUAUGGAAGGUGCCUGUGCCGCCCUGGGGUAGAGGGCCCUCGGUGUGACGCCUGCCGCUCUGGUUUCUACUCCUUCCCUAUUUGCCCAGCCUGCCAGUGUUCCGCGCUCGGAUCCUACCCAGUGCCCUGCAACCCAGAGACUGGACAGUGCGAAUGCCAGCCGGGGAUUACAGGACGGCAUUGUGACAGGUGUCUCUCAGGAGCCUUUGACUUCCCCCACUGCCAAGGUCCCAGCCUCGCUUGUGACCCAGCCGGUACCACCGACUCCAGUUUGGAUUAUUGUCAAUGCAAGCUUCAUGUUGAAAGCCCUACUUGUAGCAUCUGCAAACCUUUAUAUUGGAAUCUGGUCAAAGAAAACCCCGAUGGGUGUUCAGAAUGCCAAUGCCACGCGGCGGGCACAGCCAGUGGAAUUGGAGAGUGUGGGCAGGGAGAUGGUGACUGUUCCUGCAAGCUUCAUGUGACUGGCGAUGCCUGUGACACCUGUGAAGAUGGAUAUUUUGCUUUGGAAAAGAGCAAUUACUUUGGGUGUCAAGGGUGCCGCUGUGACGUUGGCGGAGCGCUCACCACCAUGUGCAGCGGGCCCUCGGGAGGGUGCCAGUGCCGGGAGCAUGUCACCGGGGAGGCGUGCCAGCGUCCUGAAAAGAACUACUAUUUCCCGGAUUUACAUCAUAUGAAGUAUGAGAUCGAAGAAGGCACCACACCUGCCGGAGGAGCCCUUCGGUUUGGAUUCGAUCCCCUGACGUUUCCUGAGUUUAGCUGGAGAGGAUAUGCCCAGAUGACCUCCGUGCAGGAUGAAGUACAGGUGAUGCUGAACGUGGGCAAGUCAACUCUCUCCUUGUUUCAUGUUAUCCUGAGAUACAUUAACCCUGGAAGUGAAGCAGUCUCUGGCCAUAUAAGUAUUUACCCAUCCUGGGCCAAGGGAGGUGCUGCUCAAAGCAAAGAGAUCAUCUUCCUGCCGAGCAAGGAGCCCACCUUUGUCAGCAUCCCUGGCAAUGGCUUUGCAGACCCGUUUUCCAUCACCCCGGGGACCUGGACUGCUUGUAUUAAGGCAGAAGGAGUCCUCUUGGAUUACCUGGUGCUGCUCCCCAGGGACUACUACGAAGCACCUGUGCUGCAGCUGCCAGUCACGGAACCAUGUGCCCCUGCAGGAUCUCCCCAGGAGAAUUGCCUGCUUUACCAGCAUCUGCCAGUGACCAGAUUCCCCUGCACGCUCGCUUGUGAAGCCAGACACUUCCUGCUUGAUGGGGAGCCCAGACCCUUGGCUCUGAGGCAGCCCAGCCCCACGCACCCAGUCAUGGCGGACCUCAGUGGGAGAGAGGUGGAACUGCACCUGCAGCUGCGUGUCCCACGGAUUGGCCACUACGUGCUUGUGGUCGAGUAUGUCACCGAAGCAGACCAGCUGUUUGUGGUGGACGUGACCGUGGAGAGCCCCGGGUCUGUUCUGGAGGGCCAGGUGAACAUUUACAGCUGCAAGUACAGUGUCCCCUGCCGCAGCGCUGUGAUUGAUGGCGUGAGCCGCGUGGCUGUGAUGGAGCUCCUGGCCGAUGCAGACAUUCAGCUCAAGGCACACAGGGCCCGGUUCCUUCUGCAUCAGAUCUGUAUCAUACCCAUUGAGGAAUUCUCCACUGAAUAUGUGAGACCUCAGGUUCACUGCAUUGCCAGUUAUGGACCAUUUGUCAAUCAAAGUGCUUCCUGUGUCUCCCUGGCCCAUGAAACUCCUCCAACAGCAUUGAUUUUGGAAGUCCCGGCUGGGGGACCCCUCCCUCUUCUGGCCCAGGAUCUUUCCCCUUCUGCAGGAGUCACGCUGCAGGCACCGCAGAGCCAAGUGACCCUGAGAGGACUUGUGCCACAUGCAGGCCGCUACGUCGUUGUCAUCCAUUUUUGUCAAGCAGAGCACCCAGCGUUUCCCGCACAGGUGUUGGUGGAUGGAGGACAGCCCUGGGCAGGCUCCUUCAGCGCCGUCUUUUGCCCCCAUGUGCUCUGCUGCCGUGACCAGGUGAUUGCAGGAGGCCAGGUGGAGUUCGACAUCUCAGAGCCCGAGGUGGCUGUGACCGUGAAAGUUCCAGAAGGAAAGUCCUUGGUGUUGGCCCGUGUUCUGGUGGUGCCUGCGGAGAAUUACGACUACCAAAUACUUCACAAAAAAACAGUGGACAGGUCCUCUGAGUUUGUCACCAGUUGUGGAGGAAACAGCUUUUAUAUUGAUCCCAAGACAGCCUCUGAGUUCUGUAGGAACUCUGCCAGGUCCCUGGUGGCCUUUUACCACAAUGGUGCACUGCCCUGUGAAUGCCACCCUGCCGGGGCCACCAGCCCCCAGUGCAGCCCCGAAGGUGGCAGUGCCCAUGCCGGGCCAACGUCAUCGGGCGGCAGUGUAGCCGCUGUGCCACGGGACUACGGAUUCCCACGCUGCAAGCCGUGCACCUGUGGCCAGCGCCUGUGUGAAGAGACAACGGGGCAGUGCCUCUGCCCUCCUCGCACGAUCAGACCCCAGUGUGAGGCAUGCGAGAUACAAUCCUUCAGCUUCCACCCCUUGGCCGGCUGCGAAGGCUGCAACUGUUCCACGAGGGGCACCGUUGAUGCUGCCACCUCCGAGUGCCACAGGGACAGCGGGCAGUGCAGAUGCAAGCCCAGGGUCACUGGGCGGCAGUGUGACCAGUGCGCUUCUGGGUUUUACCACUUUCCGGAGUGUGUGCCCUGCAGCUGCAACCGAGAUGGGACAGAGCCAAGAGUGUGUGACCCUCGGACUGGAGCUUGCCUCUGCAAGGAAAAUGUGGAAGGUGCAGAAUGUAAUAUGUGUCGAGCAGGAUCAUUCUAUUUGGACCCAGCCAAUCCCAAGGGUUGUACCAGCUGCUUUUGCUUCGGAGUCAAUACGCAUUGUCACAGCACACACAAGCGAAGAGCUAAGUUUGUGGACAUGCGGGGCUGGCGCCUGGAGACGGCAGAGGGCGUGGAUGUGCCCAUCUCAUUCAACCCCCGCAGCAACAGUGUGGUCGCGGAUCUCCAGGAGCUGCCGGCCACAGUGCGCACUGCGUCCUGGGUCGCACCCCCUUCCUACCUGGGGGACAAGGUAACGUGUCCCGGAGUUCUGGUGGACCCUCUGAGCAGCAUUUACCAGGUGUCUGGAGGGAAGCGUCAGGAAGUGCAGGCCUCUGACAUUGAAGAAGUUAGGCUAACUAGCAAUGGAGAGGAGGCCCUACUCCAGGAUGGUGGGGUGGAGGGAGUGGGGUGCCCGCCGCGCAUGCGCUCACCUGCAGGGGCCGUCCUGCCGGUGUCCUCCUACGGAGGCUUCCUCACUUACCAAGUCAAGUCCUUUGGCCUGCCCGGCGACAUGGCUCUUCUGGAAAAGAGGCCGGACGUGCUGUUCACAGGUCAGCGCAUGUCCCUCGUCCACGAGGAGCCCAAUCACCCACGGCCAGACCGGCUGCAUCAGGGGCGUGUGCAAGUGAUCGAGGGAAACUUCCGACACGCCGGCAGCAGCGCCCCAGUGUCCAGGGAGGAGCUGAUGAUGGUGCUGUCUAGACUAGAGGGGCUGCGCAUCCGAGGCCUCCACUUCACGGAGACACAGCGGCUCACCCUGGGCGAGGUGGGGCUGGAGGAGGCCUCCGACUCAGGGAGUGGCCGCAGGGCACACCAUGUCGAGAUGUGUGCCUGCCCUGCUGACUACGCAGGUGACUCAUGCCAGACAGCCCCGGGAAAAGAAGGGAGCCGGCAUGACCACCCUCACACCCAGGGCGUGUUCUUGGCCAUGACUCAGCCUGUGAUUUAUGGCUGCUCGAGCUGUCUCGUGCUGUCUGCGGGGCGAGGUGGGUAG